UAGACAGAUAGGAGGGCCCUUCCUGAGUUGAGCUUGCUUUGCUGUGUGGGGCUGUUCUCUCCUUCCUCCACUCCCAAGACUAUGGACUAAACCUACACAGAAAAAGUCUCUUUAGAAGCAUUAAAGCUACAUUGAAGAUGAGUGACCAGGACAGCAGCGCCUCGGCGUCUCAAACAGAGGAGGAGUUGGAGGGAGAGAUGGAUGAAGAGAUGGAUGAAGAGAUGGACGAAGAGGCAGAGGGCGAGGGAGAAAAAGAUGACAAACACAGGGCCAGUCCAGUCCCCAGUCUGUCCAGCUUCUCCUCGUCUCUGCGCGCCGUCAUACGCAUCAAGCAGAAGUACCAGGCCAUAAAGAAGCGGCGCCAGGAGCUGGCCCUGGGCCUGGCAGGAGCCGGGACCCUCACAGGGGCCCCGGCUCGAACCAGCCCCAAAAUCUUCACCUUCGAUGGAGUCACCCCCUUCGCCUUCUCCUCCCUGUCGUCCUCCGUCCCUCAGAAGAAGAAGAGGAGGAGGAGGAAACGGGUGCUGUAUCCCAACGGAGGAGGCUGCAGGGCCCCGCCGAAGCAGGAGCGCAGCCGAGCCAAGUACUGCCUCUACCUGCUCUUCGCCAUCGUCUUCAUCCAGGUGUACAACGCCAUCGAGAACCUGGACGACCACGUUCUCAGAUACGACCUGGAGGGGCUGGAGAAGACGCUGAGGAGAGAGGUGUUCGGGCAGCAGGGAGCUGUGGAGGGUCUGCUGUCCCACCUGAAGGACUACCUGUCCACCUACGUCCACAACAAGCCCCUGGUGGUGUCCCUGCACGGCCCCAGCGGCGUGGGAAAGAGCCACCUGGGGCGCCUCCUGGCCGGACACUUCCGCUCCGUGGUGGGCGAGACGCUGGUGCUGCAGUACUACGUCCUCCACCACUGUCCCCAGGAGGCCGACGCCCUGCAGUGCGCCCGCAACCUCUCCGCUAUCAUCUCGGAGAUGGUGGAACGCGCAGAGGAGGAGGAGAAGAUCCCGCUCUUCAUCUUCGACGAGGCCGAGCACAUGCACAACGAGAUCCUGGACGCGCUGAAGCAACUGGUGGCGUCCAAACAGUCCAACGAGUACCUGAACGCCAUCUACCUGUUCCUGAGCAACCUGGGUCACGCACACAUCACCAAACAUAUGCUACACAACUCCUCAAGUAUUUCAGCAUCAGGUCGCCAUAGUAACCUGGUAAAAGAGCUGACUCCGAUAUUACGCAACACCCUGGAGAAGUUUCACCUCCUGUGGACAGAGGCAGACAUCUUACCUCUGAGCCUCUUGGAGAAAGGUCACGUGAUGGAGUGCUUCCUGGACGAAAUGACUCGAGAGGGCUUCUACCCGGAUCAUACUAACAUAGAGCGCCUCGCGGGGGAGAUUGAGUAUUACCCCGCGGUAGGGGGGCAUGAAUAUUCCCAGACUGGCUGCAAGCAAGUGGUGGCCAAAGUCAAUCUGCUGUGAAAUCCUCUGCAGGAAAUGUUUGGAUGUUUCACAUUCUUCUAAAAAAAAAAACAUGAAGAAAGAGUGCGUGAGGAGCAAACGAGGGUUAAAGGUUACGAAACUUGAAUGACACAACUCAGAGUCAGACCACGCUUUCAAGAGCUGUUUUGAAAGAGUGAAGAAAGACAGAAGGAACGCUGAAGACAUUCGGCUCUGUCGUGGGAAAUGGCGUGAAUCCUGUGAAGAGGUCUGAAAACGCCCCCUCCCAUCCCGGUCCACAAACAGUCCUUAAAGGGUCAGUUCACCUAAAUUAUGACACAAACAUGCAGAUAGUUUUAGAUUUUGAGGUAUCGGCCUGCAUGCAAACACAAUGGAGGUGCCAGUAAGUUAGUUUAUGGUGUACAAGAGACUAAAUGACGACCAUGUGCAAGAGGCAGCUCUGUUAUCUCCGUUAGCAGAUAGUUGGUGAAAAUAUCAAUAUGAGGACUGAAUUUAAUACAUUUACUCUUUGUCAGAUGACAGAUGAGACCAGAAUUUGUUUGGAUUUUGGUGAAACUGGAUCAUAUUUAGUGGAGAAAAUAUUUCCUGGUUUUCCCCCUGAUGUCGUCCUCCGACUCCCAGUAAAUUUCAGAUCUUCCUGAUGGGAAUAUAGCUUUACAUUUACUUGCUAAAGUAACCGAUAACAGCCAAGUGUUAACUGAGCCCAGUUCCGUUGUCUGCUCGCCACCAGCAUCCUGUGGUCGCAGCAUUAAACAAACAUAUUCAAGGUCCUUUGUGGAUGAAUUUUCAUGACUUCAUUGGUCAUCUGACCUUUUCCUGAAGCCCAAGUUUACAUUAUUUGGUUUUAAGUGAAUAAUCUCAACUUCAGACUUCAUCCCCGUCAGGUUGAAGUGUAAUAACUUUGGUGAAUGCUUAAAGGUGGUGUAAACAAUUCCUGAAAAAUCCAACACCUUGACAGAUACCAUGAUUUAGUGCAAGCAACAACAUAGCACGUAAUGCAACCAACAUCAGCUGUUGUGGGUUUGCAAAGUGUUGCUGCUGCACAGUUAAUGUGCAGAGAGGACGGGACGGUUUCCCAGCAGCUCCAGACAGCGAGACUCACGGCUCUCCUGCUGUUGAAGCUAACAUCACAACAACAACAGCAUAUCUUGGCAAACUGUCCGUGUUCAAGUGAUUAAAUGUUACCUGAUACACCCCGGCUGGAAUAACAAGUAUUGUGUGGCCGGGAAAGCACAAGAAAAUACAGGUUUUAAAUCUAAAAGUUGGGUUUUAGUUAUUGGACCAUUAAAAGAGGUCAACAAACCAUAAAUUUACUAAAAAUUAAGGCUAAAAUUAAAACUAGGCUAACAGAACGAGGUGUCGGAUCAAACCAAUAAAUAC